AUGAUGGACCGCGCCGUGAGGCACGUCGAGGGCGGCGCCCUUGAGCAGGGGCCGCGGCCGGUGUGCCUCACGGACUGGCCCUGCCCCAGCUGCACGCACCACAACGACGCCGCCGCCAUGUCGUGCGAGGUGUGCAGCGCGGCCAGGCAAUGCGAGGGCGGCCCUGGCCCCGCCCAAGAGUCCAUGCAGUCGGGGGGCUCCCGCGGCUCCAUGGCGCAUCCAGCUGCACCGCGCCCUCCAGCACCGGCAAUUCCCUCCCCCGCUCUGCAGCCGACAAGCCCCCGCCACGUCGGUUCUGGCGACAACGAGCCCAGGGCGACCGCUGCCACUCUGGGCGGGGGUUCGGGCAGAGGGCGGCCGUCUGCCAUGUCCAACAUUGUGAGCCGGGUGGAUGUGGUCGACCAGGCCGUACACCGCCGCGCCCCACCUGGCGCAGCCGGCGCCGAUGUGUCUGCGGGCCGCAGCGCCGCCGACAGCGGCGGCAGCAUAGGUUUUGGGCUUGGGAGCGGCCGGGCGCUGGCAGGGCUGCGGGAGGCGUACCGGACAGAGGGCGCAGUGCGGGCCUGCGUGGGCGAGGAUGAGGUGUCCGCAGAGAGAUUUGGAGAAGCGCUUGAGGGCGGGCAGGAGGAGACCGCGGAGGACAGAGUGGUGGAGCACGCAGGAAUGGAGGCCGAGUGGAGCGCUGUGGCUGCAAGGACUGCCGAGAUGGCCGCGAUCGCCGAGCGGGCAAAGGCCAAUGCUGGCGUGGUGCGUCACCAGGAUGCCUCCGUGUCGAGUAUAGCCUGGCGCGAGGUGCACCAGUGGAUCCUGCAGGUGCGCAUACUCCCCGAAGUGCUCCAGCCGCUGCGUGAGGAGGAGAUGGAUCACGUACGUUGCGGCUGCAUGGCGCGCAGGCGAUCCGUGAGCGACGUUCCUGGGCUUGACCGGAAACUGAGUGCCGAGAAGGACCUUGUGCUCAUGAUGAAGAUGACCAAGUUCGAUUUCAAUGAGACCGUUCACGCACGCAUGCUCCGCACCAUGUACUUCAAACUCACCAGGAACAGGGUCUGUGGGGCGAUCGGGGGCCAUUGGGAGGUGAUGGGCUUCCAGCACACGGACCCGAGGACGGACCUCAAUCGAGCCAACGGCGUGUUAAACGUGAUUCACAUGUUCUCAUUCUACACGCGGCACUUCGAUAUCUUCAAGGGCGCCUUCACCCUGGCCCAGGAUGCCGAGCAGAACUACCCGCUCGCCUGCGUGUGUGUCAACAUCACGCAGAUGGUGAUGACUGCCUUCCUGAGCGGCGCGCUGUCGUCGCUGUGCAACUCGGGGGACCGUGGGGUGUUCGAUACGCUGUGCUGCGUCUUCGCGGGAGGCCUGUUCCACUUCUACUCCCAGUGGCGGAGCCAGAAGCGGACGAUCGGGGACACGGACCAGACCUUCAAAGAGGUCGAGCAGUUGGUGAACAGGAGGCCUGCCAAGCUCCUGGAUGCGCUGACCAAGGGUGCCGCGGAGCUCAAGGCGAGGUCGGACCCCUCGCGCCUGGAGUUCAGCAACCUCGAAUUCGGCGCCUCACGACAGGCGCAGCCACAGGCUGCCGGACCGCAGGGCGCCUUGCCCUCUCGGCUCAGGAACUACCAGCACGAGUAG